AUGACUCCCCCUUCGUCGAUCACCAUGGUAGGGCAUAUAGGCAACCUGGUGGCGAUCUCGCUGUUAUUACUUGUCAUCCCUAACAUGCCUCUUGACAUCAGCAGCUACAUCAAGGAAGAGGAUAUUGGACACACUGUCUCGCCCGAGGACUAUACGUCCCUUUGGAGUUGGAUGUCCUUUCGCUGGGUGCUGCCUCUUGUCGAGCGCGGCACCUACAAUACCCUUAACGAAUCAGAUAUCUGGGCGCUGAGCCCGAUGAUGCAGUCCUGCCCACUGUACAUCAAAUUCACCUGCACGCACCAUAGCACUCUUCUCCAGUGGCUCAUCGUGUUCAACUACGCGGGACCAUUCUUUCUCAAGCGUAUCCUCAACUCGCUCGAUGUGUGCGAUGAGCAGUCUCACGAGGAAAGGUCAUUGGCGUACAUAUAUGCGGUGUUGGCGUUCUUGUCGAAGGUGUGCAAGGCCCAAGUGGAUGUGCAGCACCUGUGGUUUAGUCGACAUGCGGCGACGCGCAUCCGAUCAGAGCUUAUGGUCGCUAUCUACGACAAGGCAUUGAAGCGCAAGGACUUCUCAGAAAUUGUUGACAAAGACGCAAGCAAGGCCGCUAAGGCGCCCGAUGCCACUGAUAUAAGCAAAGCGAAGGCGGGCGCAAAAGCAGACAAUCCUAAGGUGAGCGCAGACAUUGGGAAGAUCGUGAAUUUGAUGGCAGGCGAUACGAAUAAGAUGAUUUACGGAGUGCCAUUUGAGAUCGCAAUUGCUGCGACAUUCCUUUAUCAGUGA